GUUGUAGCUCACUCACUCACUCACUCAACUCACUUCCCUUGUCUCUCCCCCCCAAACGGGAUCCUGGAAACAACGGCUGGUCUUCGAAGUACAGCCAGCUUCCCCAGGAAUUUAAACUUGGCUCUCUCCCUCCCUCUUCUCCUCUUCUUCCUCUCCCUUCCCUCCCUCCUGCUAUCUAUUUCAAUACUUCUACUCUUCUACUCUUCUACCAUUUCAUCUAGUUCAUCCCAUCCCUAGUGGUUGUGUAUAUACUCUGUCUUGUUUACCUCCAAGCUCAUCCCACCUAUCUUAAUCACUUGGCGCUGCCUUAUCUAAUAACCCUACAUUCUUCAACUCAACCAUCUCAGUGAUUGCCUUAUAUUACCUGCCAGUACUCGUCUCCCAACAGACCGACACAACAAUCCCAAUCAUCCACAAUGGCAGCUACUCGCUCAAGUUCCCUACGUGCUCUUCGUCUGCUCUCCCAGCAGCACUCUACUGUCCCCAGCGUUCGCCGGGGACUGCACAUCACUGGCGUCCACUCGGCGCAACCGGCAAAUGUCUCAGAUCGGGCCUCUUUGUACUCUAGCCGCACCGUGGCUGAUCUCAAGACUGAAUGUCAGAAGCGAUCCUUGAGAAGCAGUGGCACCCAAGCCGAGCUCGUCGAGCGUCUCCAAAACCAUGAUUUCCUUCAGUCCCGUGCUUUCAGCAUCGCCAUGCGCCGCAUCAGCGGCAAACCCAUCUCAGAGGACACCCACAGCCGUCAAUUCAACACUUCCCGGUCGAUGAAGGCCGUCGGUGACUCAGCCACCGUCGACUUCGCCUACAUGCCCUCGUUGGCGGAGCUCGAUGGACCGGCUGCUCGCGCCGAUCCGCAGUUCCCGAUUGUCCCCGACUUCUACUCCCACCACAGCCCGGCUCAGGCAGACUCCCCCAUGAAGCCCCAGAUCUACACCGUCUCCGGCGGGGCCGCUGACGUCUCCGCGAGUCCGAUGACGGAGGUGGUCGACAACCACUCGGUGGAUAUCGACCCGUUCUCGCUGACGGAGGCGGUUGGGAAGUCCCGCUUCGGCGAGGAGUCGACCAAGCAGCAUGAGUCGAAGGAGCCUGGAAUGUUCCGCGAGCUGUGGACGGGUGUGAUGGAUGAUAUUAUGGGCAGACAGCCGGCUGUCGUGAGGAAGUGAGGCACCUGAGUAGCCGGGUGUUCGUGUCCAGUUGUCUUGUUUGUCUCUCUAGCGAUGCGUGAUGCUUUGUUGUAUUGCCUUUCACUUAUAGUCCAUCGUGGACAUUCUCUCUAUCUUGGGUAGUCAUCGGAUCUGAUUGAUGUGAUUAUUCCAACCUGUUGCUCGAGUGACAGUCACAUCUACGAAAAUGGAAUGAAAUAUAUAUUGUGCAUACCACAACACAUAUCAUCG